GAUAAGGAACCUUUCCACGCUACAAUAACAAAGCGUCUUAUCUUUAGAACGAGAAAAAAUGACUGUGUUCAGUUUAGCUUCCAGUAUUUGUCUGGUAGUUGCGUUUGGAACCGUAAGUGGAUUUGGUGACUGUCCGGAUGAGUGGGUAUCUUUCCAGGAUUCCUGUUACUACUUCGUUAAUAACCAUACAACAUGGCACGCUUCUUCAGCAUAUUGUCAAAGUCUGCAGUCCGAGAUUGUAGCUGUGGACUCCCAAGUCGAAAAUGACUUUCUGGUGAGGUAUAUGCGUCGUUUUGGAUGUGCCUUCAAUACGCCCUUUUGGAUCGAUGCGACUGAUAUGAUUACGGACGGUGUUUGGGUAUGGGCCUCCUCGAUGUCUCCACUUUCCUACUUCAACUGGGGUCCCAAGGAACCGAACGGCCAGACCAACGAAGACUGCAUCAGCGUUAUGCAUGACUCUGGGACGUGGUACGACUUAUCAUGUAGAGCCCCCUUGUACUAUGUCUGCGAACGAAAGACGCAACCGAAAAUAUGCACAGAAGGGAGUACUGUAAUUGGAUGAACAGAAACGUAUUUCUGAUUCUAUUGUGAUUUGUACUUUUGUUGUAAAUAAAAUAAAUAAGAGCAAUCAG